AUGCAUGACUUACUGCAUGAUUUGGCAUUGAAAGUUGGAUCGAAUGAUUGUCUUAGUUUACGUCUCUCUGAUGUUGGAUCAGCAGAAAUUCAGCCAUCCAUCCGUCACUUGUCUAUAAGCACAGAUGACUUAGGUGAAUAUGAUGCAGUAUCUGGUGAAAAAUUUAAGAGUGAAUUGGAAGAACUGAAGACAAGAUUGAAGGUUGAACAUUUGCAAAGUUUGAUGUUACUAGGAGAAAUGGAUGAAAAUUUCGCCAAGAUAUUUGGUGAUUUUUUGUGUGAAGCAAAUGCUAUUCGUGUUCUUUAUUUGCCCAGCAUGAUGUGUCCCGCGGACUCCAUGUUACAUAACUAUUCAAGACUUGUCCGCCUACGAUACCUAUAUCUAGGGACAGAAGACAACAAGAUGCAUUUACCACAGAACAUCUCUAAAUUUUAUCAUUUAAGGAUUCUAGAUCUUGAGUCGUGGGAUGGCAGUUGUGAUUUGCCUGAAGACAUGAGCAACCUUGGCAAAUUGUGCCAUUUUUAUGCCCCAGGUGAUGAUGAGAUUCAUUCUGAUAUUUGUAAUGUGGGAAAACUUAAACUCUUAGAAGAGUUAAAAGUAUUUCGAGUCAGUAAAAAAAGCCAAGGAUUUGAAUCAAAGCAACUAGAGCAUUUGACCAAGCUAAGGGAGCUUGGCAUAUACAACCUUGAGAAGAUACAUACAGUAGAAGAAGCAGCUCAAGCAAAACUGUUGGAGAAAAAAUACUUGAGGAGGUUAACAUUGGACUGGGAUAGUGAGCGGUCUAGUGUUGAGCCUGGUGUGGAAGCGGCGGUUCUUGAGAGCCUUCAACCACAUGGAGAUCUUCAAGUAUUGUGCAUUAGAGGGCACAGAGGCCCUUCUUGUCCAGCAUGGCUGGGUGAUCAGCUUGUUGUUGAAGCUCUGCAAUCUCUUUGGCUUGAUGGUGUUUCUUGGGAGGUUUUCCCUUCUUUAGGGAAGGCGUGGGAUCUUCGUGAACUGAGGUUGGAGAAUAUUGCCGGACUAAAAGAGGUUAUCAUGGAGAAAAGUUUCUGCAUGCUAAUAAAGCUUGAACUCAUUGGGCUAGGAAGUUAUGAAAAAUGGGUUUACCCAGCUGAACAAGAUUCUUCUAUAGGUGGAGACUUGUUGCCACCGGAUGCUCAUAUAUUCCCUCUUUUGCAAGUUCUGAUCAUUAGGAAGUGCCCAAAACUGUUGGGGUUGCCUUUCUCAAACCACAUUGUUUUUCCAGAUUGGUUCCCUAAGCUACAAGAGCUUGAAGUAUGCGACUGUCCAGAAUUUUCGUCAGUGAUUCCCACGUCCUGGAUUGAGAGUCUGCGUCGUGUCAUGAUUGAACGUGUCAAGCUACUGAAGAGGUUUGCGUACUCAAAAUUAUCUGAUGGAGCAGAAUUGAAAAUCAUUGGAUGGGGUGAUUUGCAAAGCUUAGAUCAACUGUUAGUUUUUGAUAAGGAAACAUGUAUGGAGAAGCUGACACUCGAUAGCUGCCCACCUCUGGAGUUGAAGCACCUUCUGAAGUUAACCUCGCUGAAGAAAUUAAUUGUAGAAAAUUCACUUAGUCUGGUUGAACCACUAGGAGGUCAGGGUGAUGUGGAAUGGCAGCUCCCUGUUGAGCAUAUCAAGGUCUAUGGUUUAAAUGGUAAUAGUGGGAAGGAAUUGACAGAGCUACUCCCUCACCUCCCAAGGCUCUCCAUAUUGAAUAUAUGGAAGUGUAAAAACAUAAAAAAGCUGGUAGUGGGGGUGGAUGUGCAACAGACAACAUCAGCAGCAUCAGAUGAAAUAACAAGACCAUCAGAGGAAGAGGAUGAUGGGGUGCUGCUCUUACCAGCUCAGGUCUUUGACUCACUACGGGAAUUGGAUUUCUUUGGCUGCCCAGAGCUGGUCCUGGUGGACCCACCAACUCUUGUUCCCGGAGGAGGAGGUCUCCAAGCCUUGCGAUCCCUCCAGAGUUUAUUAAUAGUGUGGUCCCCAAAGUUUCUAUCCGCCUUCUCGUUUUCCUGUCACAUUUUUCCUUCCUCCCUGCAAUACCUGGAGCUUACUGUGAAAGGCAUGGGGACGCUGGAGCCCCUCGCAAACCUCUCCUCUCUUACCAGAUUAAGUUUGGAAGGUUGCGGACAGGAUCUCAAGUGUCAGGGUUUGCGGUCUCUUCUUACCAACGGAGGCCAGCUCAACAAAUUAAUAGCCCGUGGCAGCCCUAGGUUCUUUGCUGGUUGGGAUCCCAAUCCCAGACGGACUUUGGAGGACGUUAAAGGAGGAGAAGAGCAACCGACGCAGCUUGUUUCAUCCACACUGCAGGAGCUUUGUACAGAUGACAUAAGGGGACUCCUUGCUGCACCGAUCUGCAGCUUCCUUUCUUCCUCCCUCACCAAGCUGGAACUUCGUGGGUAUGGGUCUGAAGGGAUGGAGCGCUUCAGCAAGGAGCAAGAGGACGCCCUUCAGCUCCUCUCCUCCCUCCAGAAACUUCAGUUUAUGCAUUUUGACGAUCUUCAGCAACUCCCUACAAGGCUGCGCAACCUUACCAGCCUCAAGAUAUUAUCAAUCUACCGCUGUCCAGCCAUCUCGUCAUUGCCCAACGACGGCCUCCCUAAAUCACUUCAAGAGCUAGUUGUUGGAUACAUGUGCAGCGAGGAGCUAAGACAGCAUUGCAGGGGGUUAGAGGGAACCAUCCAAAAAGUCAUAACAUAG